GGGGCCGGCCUUUAUUCUGCGUCCCCGGGACGGGAGAAAGAGGAGCAGGAGUCCGGUCUGGGAGCCGCGGGGAGCAUGAGGAGCACACACAGGAGCGUCUGCACUCCGCCGCCGCUGUGAUGUCCGAAGAGAAAGGCCUCGAUUCGGGAGGGGGUCCCGACCCCUCUGGCACCCCCAAGGUGAAACGGAGGGAUCAGCUGUUUUCCACAGCAGACGAAGACAGCAGUCUGUACUUCACCUACAGCGGGGGUCGCAAUGAGCUGCUGAUCAGAGACCUGCACUACCAGGUGGACACUGCAGCACAGAUCCCCUGGUAUGAGAAGCUGUCGGAGUUUAAGCUGCCCUGGGAGAUGCAUGGCGUUAAGCAGAUGGCCAUCCAGAACUUGAACCUGCGUGUACGCAGUGGCCAGAUGCUGGCUGUUAUAGGCAGCUCAGGCUGUGGGAAGACGUCCCUGCUGGACAUCAUCACGUGCCGGGACGAGGGCGGCUCUGUGAAGUCGGGUCAGGUCCUCAUAAACGGGCGACCCAGCACGCCCCAGCUGGUGCGGAAGAGCAUUGCCCACGUGCGGCAGGAUGACCGCCUGCUGCCCCACCUCACCGUGAAGGAGACACUGGCCUUCGUGGCCAAACUGCGGCUACCCACGCACUUCUCCCAGGCCCAGCGAGACCAGAGGGUGGAAGACGUUAUCGCAGAACUGCGGCUGCGGCAGUGUGCCCACACGCGAGUGGGGAACGAAUACGUGCGGGGCGUGUCCGGGGGUGAGAGGAGGAGGGUCAGCAUCGCUGUGCAGCUGCUCUGGAACCCUGGUAUCCUGAUCCUGGACGAGCCCACCUCAGGUCUGGACAGCUUCACGGCGCAUAACCUGGUGAUAACGCUGUCUCGCCUGGCACGGGGGAACCGCCUGGUUCUGCUGUCGGUCCACCAACCCCGCUCAGACAUCUUCCAACUGUUCGACCUGGUGGUCCUGCUGUCCUCCGGGUCGGCGGUGUACUGCGGCCCAGCUCGGGACAUGGUGCCCUACUUCACCGCCCUGGGACACCCCUGCCCCCGCUACUGCAACCCCUCCGACUUCUAUGUGGACCUGAUCAGUAUCGACCGCCGCUCUCCCGAGUGUGAGGCAGAGUGCCUGGCGCGGGCGAAGGUGCUGGCGGAACAAUUCCUGGAGAACGUGAAGGACACUGAGGACUUCAUGUGGAAGCCAGAGGAGUCCAGCAUCACCCCUGAGAGUUUCAGCACUCCCUCAAACCCUCAGGAGGAGGUGAUCAACGUGUCCAAUCACAAGGACCGCCUUCCAGGCCGACUGCACCAGUUUUCCAUCCUGCUCAGGCGGCAGAUGUACAAUGACUUCCGGGACUUGGUCACGCUGCUGGUGCACGGGUUCGAGGCUCUGCUGAUGUCGCUGCUGAUCGGCUUCCUCUACUACGGGGCGGGCGAGGAGCGCCUCUCCAUCCAGGACACCGUGGCGCUGCUCUACAUGAUCGGGGCGCUGACACCCUUUGCUGUGGUGCUGGACGUCAUCGCCAAGUGCCACUCUGAAAGAGCCAUGCUGUAUCACGAACUAGAGGAUGGAAUGUACUCAGUCACAUCAUACUUCUUUGCCAAGAUCCUGGGCGAGCUGCCCGAGCACUGUGCCUUCACGCUGGUCUACGGCCUGCCCAUCUACUGGCUGGCGGGUCUGAACGGGGCGCCCGACCGCUUCCUGCUCAACUUCCUGCUGAUCUGGCUGAUGGUGUACUGCAGCCGCUCCAUGGCGCUCUUUGUGGCUGCUGCCCUGCCCACCCUGCAGACCUCGGCCUUCAUGGGCAACGCCCUCUUCACCGUCUUCUACCUCACAGGUGGCUUUGUCAUCAGCCUGGACAACAUGUGGCUGGUGGCCUCCUGGUUCUCCUACGCGUCCUUCAUGCGCUGGGGCUUCGACGGCUUGCUGCAGGUGCAGUUCCGGGGGCUCAAGUACCAGGUCGCCAUCGGAAACAUCACCAUCAAUGUCGACGGGAUUACGGUGGUAGAGGCCAUGGACAUGAAUCAGUACCCGCUCUACUCCUGCUACCUGGUAUUGAUCGCCGUCUGCGUGGCAUUCAUGCUGCUGUACUACCUGUCGCUGCGUUUCAUCAAGCAGAAGUCCAGCCAGGACUGGUGAAAAACUUCAUUCGGCACCUUGCCGUUUCCCCCCUUCGCUCCGCUGUAUUGCACUACUUUUUCCUGCCGCUGGAUGGCAGCAAAGCACCACACUCUAUCUCACCACUCUCUCAAAUGAGGUUUUCCUUUUUUUUUUUUGUU